ACUCUUUACUUUCAUUGAUUUCGCAACCCCAACUUUACGCUUUAAGUAGGAAACCCUCACAAGUUGUUGAAUAUCUUCUUGAAAACGGUGCUGAUGUAAAUGCUCAGGAUAAGGGUGGCCUGAUCCCCCUUCAUAAUGCCAGUAGCUAUGGUCACAUAGAUGUCGCUGCUCUUUUGAUUCGCCAUGGGACUUGUGUCAACGUAGUUGAUAAAUGGGGAUAUACCCCGCUGCACGAGGCCGCUCAAAAAUGUAGAACUCAGCUAUGCGCGCUCCUUUUAGCCCACGGGGCCGACCCCGCCUCUCGGACUCAAGAGAACAAAAAGCUUGUUGAGAUAUUUGUAAAUAUGUAG